AAAAAUAUCACUUGGAGUGUCCCUGAUAAAGUUUGAGAAGCGCUAGCAGUCCUGGUUCAAAGAAGUGGCUUCAGCCUGAAAAUAAACUGGUUGCUUGUUAGCUGGUCAUAGGGAGGGAGCAACUAAUGUAAAUGCAGGUAACCAUGCAGAAUGCAGUUCAGGUGUGGUUUGGAGAUGACCUUCCCUUAAGUCCCCGCAGUCCUCUAACUCCCAGACAUGGACCAGGUUUGGCAGAUGUGUGCCUGUAUGACCGAUGGAUAUCUGUGCGGCAUGAAGCAACUUUGGUGCCUAUGCAAGAAGAUCUGUCAAUCUGGCUGUCUGGCUUGCUGGGAAUAGAAAUCAAAGCAGAACAACUGCUAGAAGAACUUGAUAAUGGGGUACUACUCUGCCAAUUGGUUGGUGUUCUUCAAAACACAAUUAAAGAAUGUUGUAGCUCAAAUAAUUUAAGGAAUUUUCCUAUGAGAAAAGUUCCAUGUAAGAAGGAUGCACCAUCAGGAUCUUUUUUUGCCAGAGAUAAUACAGCCAACUUUCUUAACUGGUGUAGGGCCAUUGGAGUUGAUGAGACUUAUCUCUUUGAGUCUGAAGGUUUAGUUUUGCACAAGGAUCCAAGACAAGUGUAUCUUUGUCUGUUGGAAAUUGGGCGCAUUGUGUCCAGGUAUGGAGUUGAACCUCCUGUGCUAGUAAAACUAGAGAAAGAAAUUGAGCUAGAAGAAACACUGCUAAUGACUUCUGGGCCACCAUCACCUGUUAGCACAGCAAAGUCAUGCUGUCACCAUGGGGAGCUGCAUGAGGCAGUUAAACAUAUAGCAGAAGAUCCUCCCUGCAGUUGUUCCCAUCGAUUUUCAAUUGAAUACUUAUCAGAGGGACGUUAUAGACUGGGAGAUAAAAUACUCUUCAUAAGAAUGCUACAUGGCAAGCAUGUGAUGGUCCGUGUUGGCGGAGGCUGGGACACUCUUCAAGGUUUUCUACUUAAAUAUGAUCCAUGCCGAGUGCUUCAGUUUGCAACUCUGGAACAAAAAAUCCUGGCGUUUCAGAAAGGAGUCACCAGCGACAGUGUCCCCAGCUCAUCAGCUAGACUUCAGGAGCCUCCUGUUAUGAAUCCAAUGUCAGCUGUCAGUAUGUUUCAAAAGCAGCCAUCAAAACCACCACUGACUCCUCUUUCAACUCCUGGGGCCAGUGCCAAGAAGGCUUUACCUAAACGUCCUCAGUCCCCCGUCCUGGCAUCAUCAAAAGUGCCAGUGCUUCCAUCCUCUACAGCCAAGUCAUUGAGAGUCAUGUCCAAAUUACAAGGGUCUCCUCUGAAACCAUUACCUGGCACCUCAAAGAAACUGGAGUCUUCUGCACACAGUUCACCAGCUUCUGCUCCUUCGCAGCCUCUAAGCAAAAGCUCUUCAGCUGCAGGAGCAAGAACAGCUCUUGUUCACUCUGAAACAUUGCGCAAACGUAUUUGGUCCCCUGAUGCUCCCAAGAUGAAAUUUACCCUGCCUCAGGGCUCCCCAGCACCAACGCUACAUCCUGCAUCCUCAUCCCCUAGAAAACAGCCAUCUCCCUUGCCUGGGACAGCUGAAACAAUCACUUCAAUACAGAAGCGUGUCCCUGCUAAAUGCAAACCUGUAUCUGACACGAAACCCAAAGUGAAUUCAGUUGGUCCAAAGGCUGCCCAGCCACCUGUGACAAACCUGAGUGCUGUUGCCAAGUUUGCACAAUCUCAGCAGCUCCUUGCAAAACCUCAUUCUGAAAAUGUUGUUCAGACCUCAGGAACUAGGUGUCGGCAUCCUCGGAAAGCUCCACAAACAGCUACUGAUCGGGCAAGGAACCUGAAAAGUCCUUCAGUCCUAAAACACUCAGCUUCUGCACCUUCCCUUGAAGUUAACAAAGCAUUAAAGUCACCACCUGCGCUGGUAUCUGCAAGCAAAAAUGUAUCAUCUGCUGUCAAUAAGCAGCCUAAUGCCAGUAAACCCCCUCAGGUUGGACCCGCUUCAUCCAAGCCUCCUGAACGCACUCCUUUAUCUGUUGUACGGCUUCCUCAAACUUCAGCCAAAGAGGCAGUGACCAAAAAGCCAGCACAGCCUUCAACAGAAAACUUGCAAGUAAAUGAAGUCUUGGCCCCAGCAGCCAAGAAGCCUCUCCCUAAGGGAAAAUUAGCAAUGACGUCUAACAAAGGAAUGCCUGGUGUAUCAAAAAGUCCUCUUAUGAGGAGCAGGCAAGAUGAUCACUAUUUUGUUAUGACAGGGAGUAAAAAACCCAGAAAGUAAACAUAAUUCUUACUUUCUGUGGAAGUCUGAAUUUUGUUCCUGUGGGCCUCUUGUAACUGCUACACUGAAGACAAGGAAAAAAGUUUAAUAACACUACAUUUACCAUGAAAUAUUAGGUAUAACCUACAUUUUGUUGCAUAACUUAGAGUAAGAACUGUAUUUUGUGAUUUUGAUAUUUGGAUAUAUUUAGAAGUGAGCUUGCUUGCUGUGUAGCAUUGCCAGAAUAGAGAGUAACAUCCCUGCUUGCUACUAGGCUGACCUGCUGCAGGGAAGUUGGGAGAGAGGAAAGGGGAGCUAGGGCUGCUGCUUUUGCUGCCACCCAUUUUCAAGGGAGCAAAGCCUGCCCAAGAA